AACGAAAUAAAAUAAAAAAAGUUAUAAACAAAAAAAAAGCUCAGUGCUUUGAGUCUUUGGAUAGCGAGGUGAGAUUCCAAAGUCUUCUCCUUUUCGAACCUCUUUUGAACACUCCUUUUCGUGUUUCUGGUUUUGAAGAUCUACUGAAAACUGGGUUAACGAUGGGGGAAGAAGAUACAAAAGUCACCGUGGAGCCAACAGCAAAUGGGACUAGUUCUCUUCAAAAGGCAUCGGAUUCAAUCACUGGAAAACAAGCGGAUAGUGGCAAGGAAACACAGGUAAACAAGAAAGAUGAGGAUACUGGACCUGAGAAAAUGGAGAUAGAUGAUGAGAUCAAGCAACAUGAAGGAAAAAAGGAUAUGGAAGAUAUAGAGGCGGAUGUUACAGAAAAGGAAAAGAAAGUUGAGACUGAGAAAAAAGUUGAGAACGAUGUCAACGAAGUCAGUGAGCAAGUAGAGACUGCUAAAAUGGACGAAGACAAGGGACAACCAGAAGCUGAUAAAAUAGAUGAAGACACAGAUGGCAAGAAGUUGGAAGCUGAUGAUGGUGUUUCUGGAGGUGCUACAGAGGAAGAUACUGUAAUGAAGGAAGCUGUGGAGUCUGAUGACACUAAAGACAUAAAAGGAAAUCAAGGGGUGAACGAGAUGAAUACUACUGAAGGAGGCCAAGAGAAAACUGAGAAAGAAUCAGAGGAGGAGAAACUAGAAGGAGGGAAAGUAGGUGGAAACGAAAAAGGGAAUAAAGAAGACAUCAAAGAAGAAGAGAAGUUGGUCGGUGGAGACAAGGGGGACAAUGUCGAUGAGGAUGAAAAGGUGGAGAAUGUGGAUAAAAAUAACAAAGAAGAGGCACCAAAAGAAAAGAAUGAGGGCGAACUGGAAGAAGAAGAAACAACUAAAGAAGAGGCAGUGGAGGCAGACGCUGAGGUCGAUGAGCCGAAAGUGGAAGACGAAAAAACAAAGAGUAAGGACGAGAAUGAAAAUGAUAUAGAUGACAACAAGAAUGAGAAUGAAGGUGAAGAGGAGGAGAAAAAGCACGAGAAGGAAGAUGAUAAAGAAGAGCGCAUGGAUGAUAAGGAUGAUGAAAAAGAGGAGAGCAAUGAUGAUAAGGAAGAAGAAAAUGAAGAUAGCAAAAAGUCUAGCAAGCGAGGGAAAGGGAAGACUGAGAAGACUCGCGGAAAGAAAAAGACUGAGGAAGAAAAGAAGGAUACUGAACCUAAGACUCCUUACUCUGAUCGCCCUGUCCGUGAGCGAAAAUCUGUUGAAAGGCUUGUCGCGGUGAUUGAUAAAGAUUCUUCAAAGGAACUCCAUAUUGAAAAGGGAAAAGGAACCCCUCUCAAAGAUAUCCCCAAUGUUGCUUACAAGAUAUCAAAGAGGAAGUCUGAUGAAGUUUUCAAGCAGCUGCACACAAUUCUAUUUGGUGGAAAAAGAGUAAAAGCUGCUCAGAUCAAGACAAACAUAUUGCGCUUUUCUGGUUACAAAUGGCAAGGAAAUGAGGAAAAGGCAAAAGAUAAAGUAAAAGAAAAACUUGACAAAUGCAACAAAGAAAAGUUGCUGGAGUUUUGCGAUAUCUUUGACAUAUCAGUUGCCAAGACUACAAUAAAGAAGGAAGACAUCGUUGCAAAGUUGUUUGAGUUUCUAGAAAAACCUCACGCGACAAUUGAUGAGAAGGUAACUACGGUUUUUGUUCUACACUUGAGCUUGAAAUGUUUUUGUGCGUAUAACAAUUUUUUAAAAAUUCUUUGUGUAAAGGGAACGAAGCGCAAAAGAACUCCUAAAAAAAGUUCACCUGCAGCUGGAAGUUCAUCUUCAAAACGAUCAGCAAAGAGCCAAAAAAAGACCGAGGAAGAACAUCAUUCUGAUGAUGAGUCGGAAGAAGAGAAAGAGGAAGAAGAAGAAGAAGAGAAAAGGCAGGAGGCAGAGGAGGAAGAAGAGAAAGAGCAGGAGGCAGAGGAGGAGAAUGAAAAUGGUAUUCCUGAUAAAUCUGAGGACGAGGCGUCAGAAAGUGAGGAGAAAGUUGAAUCUGAUGAGGAGUCAGAGGAAGAAACCAAAAAGAAGAAAUCGAGAACAUCAUCUGGAAAGAAAGAAUCAGCAGGGAGAUCCAGAAGCAAGAAAGCUGCAGUCUCUACGAAAUCCAGUCCACCAAAGAAAGCUACUCAAAAGCGCUCAGCAGGAAAACGAAAGAAGAGUGAUGACGACAAUGACGCAAGUCCAAAGGUAUCCUCUAAGAGGAAGAAGACUGAAAAACCGGCCAAGGAGCAGUCCUUGGUUCCUUCAAAAACUGCAUCAAAAGAGAAACCAGGAAAAAGAGGCGGAAAAGGGAAAGACAAAACCAAGGAGCCUAGUGAUGAAGAGCUGAAAAUCGCAAUUGUUGAUAUUUUGAAAGAGGUGGACUUCAACACGGCCACGUUUACCGAUAUCCUCAAACGACUAGGUACGAAGUUCAACCUCGAUCUGACCUCAAAAAAGUCAUCGAUAAAGAUGAUGAUCCAAACUGAGCUCACUAAGCUAGCAGAAGAAGGCGAUGAUGAGGAAGGACAAGAAGAAGAGGAUGCUGAGAAAGAGGAAGUAGAAGAGAAAGCCGGAGGAUCUGGUGGUGGAGAGAAGGUUAAAGCAUGAUCACGAAGCACAUAAAUCUAGUGUAGCUACUAUUUAAUCUUCAAGUGGUCUCUCUCCUCCAUUUGCCUAUCGUCAGUCAUUAGGCAAAAAUAUUAUCAGUAUGUAAUUUGUUAGUUGUUUUUUGGCCUGGAACUAUGCUACAAGUAGGUUUUUUGUUUUUACUUUUGGUAAUCAGAGAGAGGAAGAAGCUGAUGGGUAGUAGGAGUUUUCAGUAUAAGCAGCUUUGUUUGUGUAUACGAUUUAACAUAAAGCCUCAUUAGGAUUCAUGCCCUUCUUAAAACACCCUUUUGGUUUAUGGAUAUUUGUUUAAACGUCCUCUGCUUA